CAGCACCAUAUCACCAAGUAACACAAUGUGUAAAAGUACUUGGAGAAUAAAGGUCAUACACCUACUAGAUAUAAAGGUCUGCUGCUGAGUUCUUUCUAUGGUGUCUGUACCUCUGUGUUCAGGUACUCCAGAACUCUAUGUGGACCAACAGGAAGUGACUGGAGUAGAAGGAGGGAGUGUCAUUGUUCAUUGUUACUAUAGUAACUCUGGAGAUAUGAAGUGGUGCAGGAUGGGUGGUGAAUGUGUGAUGUGGUAUUCUGGGACUUUCAAUGGAACAUCAGUGACAUUAAAGCGGACUAGUGAAGCCAACAACAGAACAGUCUUAACAAUGACUAUGAGUGGACUGAAGAUGGAGAACACUGACUGGUAUUGGUGUAGAGUGGGAGAACUAGAGAUGCCUGUUCACAUCACUGUCAGUCAACAAACUGCAACACAGAGAACCUCUAAGAUGACCUCAACAACCGAAGAUCCAACCCCUCAACAACCCUCUGCCUCUCCAACUGCUGAGCCUGUUCAGACUGACAACACAAGUCAAGGAGCUGAGGGGAACAUGGAGGAAGUCCACCAGAGGUCUGUGAAAGUCCUACUCAUCUCUCUGGGCAUGUUGGUGGUGCUGACAGCUGGUAUCCUAGUAACGUGGAAGAUGUGGAGAAAGCAUAAGGACAAUAAGGCCAAGGACCAGACAACUAACAACUCAGUGUCUGCUGACCCUGAGGAGGACAUUACAUACAGCACAGUGACCCACACCAGAAAACCAGCACAGCAGGAUCCAUUUCCUGAAGCUGAUGAUGAUGUCACAUACAGUACUGUCAUCCUCCAGCACAAGGCCCAACUAAAAGGACAGACCAAGUCAGCAGAACCAGAUGAUAAUGUGGUCUACAGCUCAAUAGCUCUACAGGUGACCACACAGGUCAGUAUUGGUGUCUCCUCUGUCUGUUGUACCAGAUGAUGCUGAUCUCUCAACAAAGAUACAGACAACACCACAUUACUAUGUGUAGUAAACAUCACUCUUUAACCACACACAUCUUUAUCAGUGUAUUUGUUUUGCUGCAUGUAAAAUGUUGUUAUCACAUUGUGACCAGCUAACCUCAUUGUUAUCUGUGUGUGUCCAUAACAUUACAGCGUGGACUGUGCCUGGGUUUAGGGUGAAUUUGCCCCUAGAUGCUGAUCUUGGGUCAGAUUUCAAUUUUUCAUACUCAAGAUUAAGGUUAGGGUAGGAGAAGGGGAAACUGAUCCUAGAUCUGUAACUAGUGGAAACGUCACAAUGGAGAAUGUGACUGAAUGUUUCAC